AUGGCUAUCCAAUUAUUUGGGCAAAAUAAAAAUCAAAAAAUUCCAUUUAUUACAUUAUUAAAUAUAACUAAAGGAGAUAAAAUUGAAAAUAAUUUAAUUAAUUCUGAAAAUAUGCCUCCUUGCUUAAUUGAUAAUAAAUUGGAAGAAAAUAUACAAAUUGAGGUUGAAUUGUCACAAUUUUUCCUUUACUUACGUGCUAAAAAUGCAGAAAAAUACGUUUUGCCUGAGGCGCUGUUGGAUUCCGCAGAAUUACACGUGUUCUUUGUUCGGAUUUUGUAUGGCAACAAUAAAAAUGUUUCGAAGGAGAAAGAAGAAAAUGUUUGCCAACUUAAAUCUGAGUUGGAAUAUAAAGAGACUAGUCGUUUCUCACUUCCUUCAACAACCCCACAGCCUAUACAAACAACCCCCACCACCACCACCACAACAACAACAAAACAACCUCCUCUUCCUGUUGAUAUUUUCAGUAAUUCUAUAUUAUUAAAUGAACCUGAAGAGGAAUUAAAUUUAAAUUAUCCAACAAAAGGUCCAUAUAAGAGAACUCGAAGUAAAUUACCUAGAAGAAGCACAAAAGCCGCACAAAGUUAUUUGAGUGCAGAUCAUUAUGUUCAAAAAAGCAAAAAUUCAAAGCAAUCGAGGAGAAUGUUCCCCCCACCUUUACAAACACCUUCUUGGCCUUUAGAAGGAAAUAAUAAUAAUAACCAAAUUACCUCAACUACAACCCCUGCUUAUAUUGAUAUUAUCAGGGAUAGACAACUUUAUGAAGAAGUACAGCGGUCAAAGUGUAACGAUGGAAAUAAAUUCUCGUUGGUCCCUAACAUUUCUUAUUUUUGUUGUUCUAAUUUCUGUUUUAAUUUCAAUAUCGGCAACAUUCGCUCUAAUUAUGUUUGUUCUUCUCCAAUGCAGACCAAAGACAAAGAAAACACUUUUAAUUUCUCAUUCCUCUUAAUUUUUUAUAAAAAAUAA